GCUCUGAUAAAAUCUCGCUGAUGAGACAAUGCGUGGGUGGAUCUGAUCUAAUCUGGAUCGGGAUCGCUGAGGGCUCUCCAUAUAAAAGGGGGUGCCGUGGGCGAUGGAAGGCGACGCAGCCGAUUUAUUUAACGAUGGCAAACCUGCGAGUUCUUCUACUGCUCCUGACCAGCUUCCUCUGCCUGGGCUCCGUCCUCGCGAGGCUUCGCCAGUCGCUGGGACCGCGGACGCUGGGGGAGCCGAGUGGUCUGCUGAAGCAAUGCCUCUCCUCCACUCUGGGUUUCUCUGUGGGAUGGAGCAGCUCCUCUGACAGCGAUUACCGUGUUUUUGUACGGACGGUGCGGAAUGAGGCCGUGGAUGUGGAGUCUUUGCAGGGGGCGUGCGGCUUCUCCAUCGCGAGGGAUGGUGCUGGGCUCCACUUCACCGCUGCUGGUGAUGCCUGCCACGUGCGCGUGGAGGACGGCAGGAGGAAGGUCCAGGUGGAGCUGCAGGAGAUGCGGCAGGGGCUGAAUGGACUCGUCUGGGCUUUCACCAUCGACUGCCCUGAGAACCUAAGAUCGGCGAGGGCCGGAGAGAUCGCCACGUGCUCUGGUCAGAGCAGGAACUUCCCAUGCAAUGCUGUGCAGAGUGUCCUGAGCGCGGACGUCUGUGCACAGAGUGGCUGCUGCUACGACACCACUCUACGCCGCUGCUUCUACAGUGAAGCUGUGUGCACCACAGAUGGGCGCUUUGUGGUGCCUGUGUCUCGGAACCUGACGUCUCCACCGCUGGACCUGAGCACCGUGCACCUGACUGGCAGUAGCGGCGCGCAGUGCAGUCCCGUCCUGGUGUCUGCAGACCUUGCAGUCUUUGACGUGCCCAUGGCAGCGUGUGGUGCCACUGUGCAGUGGAGUGGGCAGGAGCUCGUGUACGAGUUACUGUUGGCCUCCGAUCGGGAGCUCUGCGUCGAUGGAAACGUCGCAAUCACCAAGUCGUCCACAUACAAGAUGGUUCUUCAAUGCCGCUUCCUUGGAAGUGGAGACCUGCAGCUUGGAGUGCAGGUGAGCACUCUCCCACCACCACCUCCAGCCACUGCCACUGGACCCCUCUCCCUGCUGCUCCAGGUCUUCACUGACAACUCCUACACCACGCCGUACCAGCCCUGGCAGUACCCGCUGGUAACGCUUCUGGGAACGCCGCUCUACGUGCAGACGUCACUGCUGCACCGCUCUGACCCCACACUGGUGCUCUUCCUGAAGGACUGCUGGGCCACGCCCACGGCAGUUGACACCGACCCCACGCAGUGGAAGCUUGUGACGAAUGGCUGCCCCGUGCAGUCUCCUUGUUGCAGUGUGUUCUUCCCUGGUGUUGCUGACCUGCCACUUCCUUCUCACUACAAGCGUCUGGCACUCCAGGCCUUCGCCUUCAUGAACUCUGACCGCAGCACCACCCGUGACGUCGUGAGUGCCUGAUAAUUUCAACUUUAA